AAGGCCCCAACCUGCUGCUCUGGUUCGACAGAGAACAGCGUCGCCGGGUCCGCCGCCGCACGCGAGCUCUGCGCGCAGCGCGCCACGCCGCGAAUCGCAAGCUCAUGAUGCUCCGCCUCCGAAGCCACCUCCUUCCCGCCGUGCGUGCGGCAUGGCCUCUCCACGCCGCUUCCUCCCUCCACCACCUCGUCCUCUACAGCACCGCCGCCGCCGCCACCGCCGCCGAAGCCGCCGCUCCCUUCGUCGCCGAGGAAUACCUCGUCACCACCUGCGGCCUCACGCCAGAGCAAGCCCUCAGGUCCGCCAAACCCCUCGCUCACCUCAAGUCCUCCUCCAAACCCGAUGCGGUCCUCGCCUUCUUCGCGGAAAUCGGCAUCCAUGAAGCCGACCUUGCCGCCGCAAUCACCAGGAACCCGCGGCUCCUCUGCCUUAAGGUGGACGAAACCCUAACCCCCCGCAUUGGCAUGCUCCGCGACAUCGGCCUCUCCACGCCGCAGAUCUCCCGCCUCAUCACCGUAGCACCCCUAAUCUUUUCCAAUCCCACCAAGAUCUCGCGCCUCCCAUUCUACCUCUCUCUAUUAGGCUCAUACGAUAAGGUGCACACGGCCCUCAGGAGGAAUCUCCUCCUCCUCAGUCGAAGCCUCGAGAGCGUGGUCGAGCCCAAUAUGGCUUUUCUGAGGCAUUGCGGCCUUACUGAUUGUGAAAUUGCAAAGCUCUUUUUGGCCUCCCCAAGAACGCUCGCACUGGAGCCAGAGGCUGUCAAGGAAAUUGUGGUGUGUGCCGACAUGCUUGGUGUGCCGCGCAACUCAAGGAUGUUCAAGGGCGUCCUUUCGGCCAUCUCCAGCAUCACCCCUCGGAGGGUGGGUGCAAAGCUUGAUUUCUUGAAAAAGGCUCUUGGAUGCUCUGAGGCUGAGGUGGGCAUCGCGAUUGGCAAGCUUCCUUCCAUUCUGGCUUCGGCAGAGGACAGGCUGAGCCGUACUGUGGAGUUCCUGAAGAUGGAGGUUGGUCUGAAUGCUGCGUACAUUGUGCAUAGGCCGGCACUGUUAGGUUAUAGCCUGAAGAAGCGGCUGAUGCCCCGUUAUUAUGUCCUAAAGGUUCUGAAGGAGAAGGGGUUGGUGAAAGAAAAUGUUGACUUAUAUGGUGUGGUUUGUAAAAUCGAGAAGAAAUUUGUCGAGAGGUUUCUUGAUCCUCACAAGGAGAGUGUUCCAGGGCUUGCAGAUGCUUAUGCUGCUGCUUGUGCAGGUCAAGUUCCUCCUGCCCUGUAAGUCAACCAUGGCGGCCUGGAAUAGAGGCAUCUUUUGACAUGUUAAAUCAUGCUAAAUUCAGUUUGGUUUUCUCACUUUCCUGGUGAACUGAUUAAUCAUGUCAUUAGUACGCUUGUACCUUGACAUUUCACUGAAGCAUCUGGGAGGCAUAUUCUUGGUUA